UUUGACGUUUCAGUUUUAUUUACAUUUCGUUUUUUUUUUUGCUUUGUUGUUUAAAUUUGUAUAUCUUGUUCCGCUUAGUGUUACUCCUAUAAAUAAAAUUUAAAAAAUGACCGGCAGAGCUUUACCUCAGAGUAAAGAAGCCCUUUUAAAGUCCUACAGGACGAGAUUGAAGGAUGAUGUGAAAAGUAUGCUGGAAAACUUUGAAGAAAUAAUAAAGUUAGCAAAAGGUGAACAUGAUACACAACUGUCCAGGUUAACACAAUGUGAGCAGGACACUUACGAAAUGCAUGUAAGGGCGGCCAAUAUCGUUAGAGCCGGCGAAUCCUUAAUGAAAUUAGUAUCAGAUAUCAAACAGUAUUUAAUUUUAAACGAUUUUCCGUCGGUGAAUGAAGCUAUAACGCAGAAUUCGAAACUGUUUAGGACGAAACAAGCAGAAUGUGACCAAAAACUGAUGUCACUAAGGGACGACAUGGCGGCAGAUUUAUACGAUUUAGAAGAAGAAUAUUAUAGUAGUAUUAAUAAGUAAUUUUAGAAAUAGAUUAUUUAUAUUUCUUGGAUAUUAAAAACUUGGGACUUA